AUGGCCUUUCUAAUGAAAAGUAUGUUGAGCAACCAGGUAAAGAAUUUGGGACUUGGAGGUGGAGGGGAAGAAAGCAAAGAAGAAAGCACCCCUUCUGACCCAGCAGCAGCUGCAGGAAUGACCAGAGAGGAGUAUGAGGAAUAUCAAAAGCAAAUGGUUGAGGAGAAGAUGGAAAGAGAUGCAGCAUUUGCACAGAAAAAAGCAGAGCGAGCCUGUCUGAGGGUUCACCUGAGAGAGAAGUACAGACUCCCUAAGAGUGAAUUGGAUGAGAAUCAAAUACAGAUGGCUGGAGAUGACGUGGGUUUGCCAGAAGACCUGCAGAAGAUGGUGGCACAAGAUCAGGAGGAGGAAGAGGACAAGGACUCCAUCCUGGGACAGCUGCAGAACAUCCAGAACAUGGACAUGGAUCAGAUCAAAGAAAAGGCACAAGCCACCUUCACUGAAAUGAAGCAGGCGGCCGAGCAGAAAUGUUCUGUCAUGUAGAAGAGCCACCACCACCCAAGGGCUGUGACUUCAGGCUUGUCUCGCCAGGACUGCAGAGUGAGGGCAGGCAGAGGGAUGCACUUAGCUCUAGAGCAUAAAUAUAGAAACGAGACAACAGAGAGAGACUUAAAACCCUGAGGAGAGGGGGAAAAGUUACGUGUUGUGACUGCCUAGGACAAAGUUAGAAGUGAUCCUAAUUUUUAACAUAACAUUUUUCCCCAUGGAAAAAAUGGCUCAAAAGAAGUUAAUAUUGGGGAAAAAAUGUGCCUUUUUCCAUGCUAUUAAAUGUGUAUUUUUUAGCAAAAUUGUAAUUCUGAUACAUCACAUACAGGUAAUCACUCAUUUAAUAGUGCUUUCAGAAAUAAAUGCAUAUGUUUCUUAUAAAAACACGUCUGUUUCAAACAUUUUGAAACAAACACAGUAUUCAA